UUGACCAAUGGCUGCCUGGUUUUAGUUUCGUCACGACUGCUUCCAUGUUUGGAUGACUGUAUAUGUGAGCAGACAGAGGAUCAUCCACUUAUUCGCUGUGAGAAUGGCGAUCGUCAAAGGAUCGAGAUUCCCAGUAAAGUAAUGUCUGGCUAUCAAUAUCUAGCGUUCACAUGUAACGAUCUUCGUGAACUUCCACAUGUCGCACUUCUGAAGGCAGCAUUUCCAGAUAUUCAGGGUAUCGACAUCCAGGGAAAUCCUCUGUUCAACUGUUCCAGCUUAGGAAAUAUCAGGCAGGAGAUCGCUAUUCUAACUGACUGCGAUGCAGAUACGACACCUAUUACGUGCAAUGUCGAUUGUGACUGGAAAUGUAGAACACUGAAUAAGCUUCGUGACCUGUGGAAGAAGCUUAAGAAGACUUUUCUUUCGCGAAUGAAAGAAUGGGGAGCAGAAGAGGUCAUAUUGAGGUAUUUUUUUAAAAUCAGAUUUGGAAAGCACAAACGCUUCCACGAAUUCAUUUUUAUGUCGCGAUGCAAAUUAUUUAAAUCAUUCUGUUUUUGCUGUCCACGUAAUUAG